CUUCACUCACUAUCUCACCCAGCCAAACAAAACACAAACUCUCUUACUUUUUUUUGUUCUUUCUUUCAUUCUUUCACUCUUUCUCUCUGUUCUCUUACUUGUCCUAGUAAUUAACGAAAAUGGAUCUCCUCCUUUUGGAGAAGACCCUCUUAGCCUUAUUCGUAGCCGUAAUUGUAGCCAUCACCAUCUCCAAGCUCCGUGGCAAACGCUUUAAGCUCCCACCAGGACCUAUACCAGUACCCAUAUUCGGAAACUGGCUCCAAGUCGGCGAUGACUUGAACCACCGUAACCUCACUGACUUAGCCAAAAAAUUCGGAGACAUAUUCCUCCUCCGAAUGGGUCAACGAAACCUCGUUGUGGUUUCCUCACCCGACCUAGCCAAAGAGGUUUUGCACACGCAGGGUGUGGAGUUCGGGUCCAGAACCAGGAACGUUGUGUUCGAUAUCUUCACAGGUAAAGGUCAGGACAUGGUGUUCACGGUUUACGGCGAGCAUUGGAGAAAGAUGCGGAGAAUCAUGACCGUGCCUUUUUUCACAAACAAGGUGGUUCAGCAAUACAGGCAUGGGUGGGAAGCUGAGGCGGCUAGUGUGGUCGAGGAUGUGAAGAAAGCUCCUGAGGCUUCGACCACUGGGAUUAUUAUAAGGAGGAGGUUGCAGAUGAUGAUGUACAACAACAUGUACAGGAUUAUGUUUGAUAGGAGGUUUGAUAGAGAGGAUGAUCCUUUGUUUAUGAAGCUCAAGGCUUUGAAUGGAGAGAGGAGUAGGUUGGCUCAGAGCUUUGAUUACAACUAUGGUGACUUUAUUCCAAUCUUGAGACCCUUUUUGAGAGGGUACCUUAAGAUCUGUAAGGAAGUCAAGGAGAGGAGAUUGCAGCUCUUCAAGGACUAUUUCGUCGAUGAGAGGAAGAAACUUUCAAGCACCAAGCCCACUGACCAUGAAGGUUUGAAAUGUGCCAUAGAUCACAUCUUGGAUGCUCAGAAAAAGGGGGAGAUCAACGAAGAUAACGUGCUCUACAUCGUUGAGAACAUUAAUGUUGCUGCAAUUGAAACAACACUAUGGUCGGUUGAGUGGGGAAUUGCGGAGCUGGUGAACCACCCUGAAAUCCAGAAGAAGCUGAGGCAUGAGAUCGAUACUGUGCUUGGACCUGGUGUCCAAGUCACCGAGCCUGACACCCUAAAGCUCCCUUACCUUCAAGCUGUGGUCAAAGAGACUCUCAGGCUCCGAAUGGCAAUUCCUCUGCUUGUUCCACACAUGAACCUCCAUGAUGCAAAGCUUGGUGGUUUUGAUAUCCCAGCAGAGAGCAAAAUCCUAGUAAAUGCUUGGUGGCUUGCCAACAACCCGGCCAACUGGAAAAACCCGGAAGAGUUCAGGCCGGAGAGGUUCUUGGAAGAGGAGUCUAAGGUUGAGGCCAAUGGCAAUGACUUCAGGUACCUUCCCUUUGGUGUUGGAAGAAGAAGCUGCCCUGGAAUUAUACUUGCAUUGCCAAUUCUUGGUAUUACUUUGGGACGUUUGGUACAGAAUUUUGAGCUCCUGCCUCCUCCAGGACAGUCAAAGAUUGAUACCUCAGAGAAAGGUGGGCAAUUCAGCUUGCACAUUUUGAAACAUUCUACCAUUGUUGCAAAGCCCAGAGUAUUUUAAAUUCCAGCUUGGGACUUCCUUUUUGGUGUAUUGGAUGUUGAACAAUACUAAACUCUUAGAAUGUUGGAUUGAGCUGAACUAUGUCUGAAAAAACAAUAUAUGUGGGAUGUCACAGUGUAAAUCUAUGAACUUGGAAUGGUUUUAAGAAUUUGCAAUAA